AUGGAGCCGUGUCUCAACGGCCGGCUCGUCCUCCUCCACCGCAAAAGAUACGAUAUCCCUGGUUCUCACGUCACGGUUCUUGGUUGCACACUAUGGUCAAAUGUCCCCGACGAAUCGAAGGAUGUCGUGCGCAUGAGAAUCAGCGAUUUUCAACAGAUUACGGGCUGGACUGUCGACGACCAUAUUGCGAACCACAGGGCAGACCUGGCCUGGCUGCAAAGCGAAAUUCAGACGGUCCACCAAGAAAAUAUAAAAAUCACGGACGAACAAUCCCCAAAACGAUCUGUUCUUGUCGUGACGCAUCACGCCCCGUUACUUCGGAAAACGUCAAGUCCACAACACGCUCGGAACCCUUGGAGAUUUGCCUUUGGCACUGACAUCCUACCACUUACAUCGGACGAAGUGAAAGUCUGGGUGUUCGGACACACACAUUUCACAACCAGCUUCAGGAAGGGUCGGGUUCAGGUUGUAAGCAAUCAGCGAGGAUAUGUCCUGCCUUGGAGCAACCCGAAUGGAGAGGAUCGCAACGUUAGUUACUAUUUAUUCAAGAACGGCACCUCCUAUUAUCCAAUCCCCAAACCACAUACUUACUUUAAUACAACGACUAUGAAGGCCAUCUCUGUUACCGCCCCUCAGCAGGAGGGGCUUGUCACGGACCGAGCUAUUCCAACUCUCCGCGAUGACUACAUUCUCGUCAAAACGGUCAGCGUCGCGCUGAACCCUACCGACUGGAAGCACAUCAAGUACCGGGCUCCCCCGGGCACUGUGAUCGGAUGCGACUACGCCGGGGUUGUUGAGGCGGUCGGGAAGAACGUCAAGAAGUCGUUCAAACAAAGGCGACCGUAUGGGGCGUUCGCGGAAUACAUCGUCGCCAAGGGCGACAUCCAGAUCCACAUCCCAGAGAACGUCAGCUUCCAAGAAGCCGCUACGCUGGGUGUUGGUAUUACUACCGUCGGCCAGGGCCUGUACCAGAGCCUGGGCCUUGCGCCCCCGACGAGUUCCAUCUCGGAGGGAACUCCUAUUCUGAUCUACGGUGGCUCUACAGCCACGGGAACUCUGGCCAUCCAAUUCGCCAAGCUCUCUGGAUACACAGUCUUGACGACGUGUUCUCCUCACAAUUUCGAUCUCGUGAAGCGUCUCGGGGCCAACGAAGUGUUUGACUAUAAACAGCCCAACGCGGCUGCCGAGAUUCGCAAACUAACCAACAACAACCUGAGACUAGUCUUUGAUACUAUUGGGCUCGAAUCGAGCGCACAGUUCUGCGACGAAGCGUUGUCUACGGAAGGGGGCGAUUACAGCUCCCUCCUCUCGUUGGGGAUUGAGCGGGAGAACGUCAAAGACCGCUUUACGGUUGCUUAUACAGCCAUCGGAGAGGCGUUUGACUUUGGCGAUCCAAUCCCUGCGAAUCCUGAAGACCUGGCGUUCGCAGAGAAGUUCUGGGAUCUGACGGCGAAGUUGUUGGCGGAAAGGAAGAUCAAGGCGCACCCGCCCAAGGUCUUGCCUGGGGGCCUUCAAGGUGUACUGAAGGGUCUGGAGCUCAUGAGACAGGGAAAGGUCAGCGGAGAGAAGCUGGUGUACAAUGUGGAAGAAACUCCUUGA